UUACAAAAACAGAUAAACGAACAAAAGCAUUAUUGAACAAUUUACUCAAACUACUUUGUAUUAUAUAAUUAUUGAUAUAUGUGAAUGUGUUUGUGGUGAUUUUUGUUGAAAAUUAAAUUAUCAAUAGUGAUUAAAACAAUCAAUAAAAUGAAGGCUUUCACUCGAAGAUACAUGAAUUGUCAUUCAUUCAUUUGGUUAUGGAAUUAUAUUAUACUGUUUUAUUUCAUAUGUAACAACAUCUCAGGAAAUAAGGCAAUAAUUGUCAAUAGUCCACUUCUUGACAAUAUCAAAUUAGUUGAUGGCAAUCAAUUGGCUUAUGUUUUGUUGAAUACAAAUGAUUAUUACAAUCACCACCAUCAUCAUCAUCCUCAUCGUCAUCAACAUCAUCAUCUUAUGGCAAAAUCUGUCAUUGGCUCACCUUAUUUAAAUAUUGAUCCUGUUGGAUUACCUGAAAGUAUUGAAUUUCCAAUUGAACCAAUUAGUGGAUUGAUUUUAACACCGGAACAAUUCAAUCAACAAUUAAAUGAUUCGAAUAUACUUGAAUGUCCAUGGAAUUUGACAGCAUGUGUUUCAGGCCAAUUUACAAUUCAAUUUGAUUUAUUACCUAAACAAUCCAUAGAAAAUUCCAAAACACAUAUUGUCAGUUUUUUAACAAAAUAUUUCACUAACCAACAACAAACUAUACCUUGCAUACUUGAAUGUUAUAUUCUCAAUGGAGAACACUUAUUGAUCACAUGGCGUCAAUUAUCUAAUCAACAAAUAAAUGAUUCACAAGUUUACACAAUCAUUUCAUUGAAAACCAAUCAUUGGAAUUCCAUUGAAAUUACAGUAAAGUUAAGAGAGAAUCAACUCGUUGUCAGUAGUAGCAAUAAUAAUAAUCAUAACAGUAGUAGCAAUCAACACAUCUCACAGCCAUUGAAUACAAUUGAAAUGAGCAUAUUCAAACAAUUUAUUGGUUUCCUGUUUGGACAAGCCACACAAUUACAAUUCGCUAAUAAUGAUAAUCACCAACCGAUUAUUGAUUUUUCAAUAAAACAUUUUCACAUUUCCACACCGGAUACAAUUAAAUUUCAUCGUAUACCACGCAAUUUAAAUAAUCGUUUCGACGAGAUACCAACCAAUCCGAUUAAAUAUAUUUCAUCAGUAAAUUUUCCUGAAGGAAGUUUUGUACGUUAUGAUUUUUUAAAUCGAUUGCAGAGAACCGUAGAAGAAGAAGUGUUAACUAUUAAUUUUACAUUACCAUAUGGUGUGACUUCUGGUUUAUUAUGGUUUAGUGAAAGUAAUCAGUCGAAAAGUUAUGUGUAUAUUAAAAAUUCAUUACUUUAUUACAUUUAUGCAAUAACCGAUCAAACUGGUAAAGCACAACGUACAGUAACUGAAGAGAUAUUUUUAAAUUCAUCAUUAAUACCGGAAAAACCACAAGUUCUUCAACUUAUACGAGAUCGUGAUAAUCUGACAAUUACACUUGAUCAUCGUAGUCAAGCGAGUAGAUCAAUUGCUGGUCGAGCACCUUUAGUGUCAACUGAUGGAAAAGUUUAUCUUGGUGGAUCAGUUAAUCCUAUUAAAGAUACUGAAGGUAAAGUGGAUAGAACUUUUGAAGGACGAAUUACAAAGGCUGAAAUUACAAGAAAAGGUGAUCAAGAUGUCAAUCUGUUGAAUGUGUUAGUUGAUCCAAGCUGGAAAAAUUCUAUUCAACCAACUGGUAUAACAGAUGUUCGAUUUCGUUUACCUAAAGCACAACUUAUUAUUGGACCGACUUCAUCGAAUAAACGUUUUACUUCAUUAGAAUCAGAAUUUUCACGUACACCAGUACCAAUCACAUUUAUGGGUACAGAUGAUUCGAUUGUACGAUUUGAUACGUGGAAUUUUGAAUUAUAUCGAUCAUUUGAAAUUAAAUUUUCCACAUAUGAACCAAAUGGAAUUUUAUUCUUUGUUGGACCAGAUCAAGAACAUCGAGAUUUUGUUUGUGUUGAAUUAUUCGAUGGAAAUGUGUAUUUUGUUUAUGCCGUCGGUGGACAUUAUAAGCAUAUACGAUUGAAUCCACCAAAAACUGUUGUUAAUGAUGGAGGUAUUUAUGGUGUAUAUGUAUCACGUAAUGCACAGCAUAGAUUUACUGUAAAAUUCAAUAACCAACAGGUCGAUGUGGAAGAAGGUAAAGAAGCUCACCAAGCUGCCUUUGCUACUUAUACUUAUAUCGGAAGUAUUGAUAAUGUGGGUCGUUUACCAUGGCAUGUUUGGUCACGUGAAAAUUUCGCUGGUUGUAUUCAUUCGAUUUUAGUCAAUGACAAUAGUUAUUUAGAUGUUUCAUCUCGAAUGAUUCAACAUACUGAUAUUGGUAAAGGUAUUCGUUUAGGACAAUGUGAAAUACCGAAACAACGUUGUAAUGAAAAAAUUUGCGGUGGUGGACGUUGUUCCAGGCGUUCAUAUCCAUUUUUGGAAGAAUUAAAUUUUGCUUGUGAUUGUAGUGAAUCAGAUAAAACAUUUCCAGAGAAAACAAUGGAUAUUCGACGAUCUGUUGGUUGUGAUCGAGAUGCUCCAAUUCUUGAAAUGGAUGGUGAUAUGGUUUAUGUGAUUGAUUUUGAAGAACAAAUCAAUAAAUUGAUUACACAUACCGAUGAUAUCAGUUUACAAUUUAAAACAGACACUGCUAUCCAUGGACCAUCUAAUUAUUUACCAUUGUUUUAUUCAGUUUCACGUGCUGAUAAAUCAUAUUUUCGAGUAGAUUUAAUUAAUGGACAAAUACGUGUUCAAACAAAUAUUAAUCAUAAAGGAAAAUUAAAUACAUUUGAAGAAUUCUUUCUUCCAAGUGGUACAUUGAAUGAUAAUCGUUGGCAUACAUUACAUAUUGCACGUCGAGCUGAUUAUAUUGUUAUCUCAGUUGACAGAGCAUCAAUAACUGGGAAAAUUCCUCUACUUGAUCCACAUGAUACAUUCCAGUUGAUAGCACAACAAAUUUAUUUAGGUAGUGCUGGACCAUUGAAUUUUGGUUAUUAUCAAGAUGUUGAAACCAAAAAAAUCAUACUACCACCUGGACCAAGAUUUAUUGGUGAAUUUAGAAAUUUCUAUUGGAAUCAAUAUGAUUUGAUUGGUACAAAAAAUUUCCCAACUAAAUAUACAUCACAUUUAUUGAAUCCACCAGCAAUUAAACAUAAAUUCCCAAUUUGGCCAAGACAACAAACUUAUGCAAUCACAUGUAAAUCCGGUCUAAUCUAUGCCCAUAUGAAUAAACCGAUUACAAUGAAAAAUGGCGGUGACACAUGGUUAAUUGAAUUUAAAACCAAUUAUGAUGGAAUAUUGUUUCGAGCGCGUGAUAUAAAUAAUCCUAGUGGAAUACAUAUUACAGCUAUGAUACUUGGUGGUCGUAUACAUAUUAUCUAUUCAAUACAUGAUCAACAAGGUGUUUAUCAAAUAAGCUCUGGUCCAGGUGCAGAUAAUGUUGCUGAUGGUAACUGGCAUCGUCUUGCAAUUACUUUAAGAAAAUACAAUAAAGAGAUUAUUGCUUAUCUUGAUGGUUAUUCCAAUGAGUAUUUAGUUGGUAAAAAUCUACGUGUUGAUUUAUUCACUGAAUUUGAUAUAUUUUUCGGUGGUCUACCAGAACAUGAAUGGUCAAUAUUAUUGAAUUUAUUACGUCGUUAUGCUUUAUCCUCAUUAGAACGAAGUGAAGUGAAAGAUGGGCAACAACCAUCAUUAACUGGUUGUAUUGGAACAUUUAAUAUAAGAGCAAAUAAUUUUACUGAAAAUUUAUUAAAAUUAUAUGAUAGUUAUUUAACUGCUUAUCCAUCCAAUGAAUUAGUACGUGGUUAUUGUUUAGAUUUAAAACGUUGCUCACCUUCAUAUUGUCAUCAUGGAGGAAUUUGUCGACAAAUAUCCGAUAAUGAAAUUCAAUGUAUAUGUACUGGGACUGGUCAUGAAGGACCUAGAUGUACAAAUCCUAUACGUGAAUGUCCACCAGGUUAUUGUAGAAAUAAUGGACGUUGCCAAAUGAUUAAUGGUCAACCAGUGUGUGAUUGUACAAAUACAGGUUAUACUGGAACAAUGUGUGAAAUUAGCCCAUGUAAUACUGGAACAUAUUGUGAAAAUAAUGGACGAUGUUAUAUGGUUGGUUCAGUGGCUACAUGUGAUUGUAAAGGAACUGGUUACACUGGACCAAGAUGCCGUGAUUCCAUAUGUACACCGGGUUAUUGUGGUUCUGGUGGUGUAUGUACAGUAGAUCCACGUACACAACAACCAAUAUGUAAUUGUCGUGGUACUGGUUAUACUGGUGCACGUUGUGAAACACGUAUAUGUCCAGUUAAUUAUUGUGAAAAUUAUGGUGAAUGUAAAGUUGGUCCUGAUGAUCGUCCAAUAUGUGAUUGUUCUAGAACUAAUUAUGCUGGUCCAACAUGUAAUAUACCUUUGUGUCCACCAAAUUAUUGUACUGGACAUGGUAUUUGUGUUGUACGUCAAAGAAAUCCAACAUGUGAUUGUUAUCCAGGUUAUAAAGGAUCAAGAUGUGAAAUUGAAGUAUGUCCAUUAAAUUAUUGUAUGAAUGGUGGUACAUGUUAUCCUGGACAAGAUCAUCGUCCCCAUUGUACAUGUCCAGUGAAUUUUGAAGGUGAACAAUGUGAAUUACGUAAAUUAUGUCCACCGGAUUAUUGUUUACAUGGUGGACGUUGUACCAUGAAUCGAGGUAUACCAAAAUGUGAUUGUUUAGGUACAGAUUAUAAAGGGAUACAAUGUGAAAUUCCUGAAACUUGUCCAAUUGGUUAUUGUCAAAAUAAUGGUAUUUGUUCUGUGAAAAGCGGUAGUUAUGUAUGUGAUUGUACUGGUACAGGUUAUCGUGGACGUACAUGUACUGAACCGGUUACAUGUCCAGCAAAUUAUUGUCAGAAUGGUGGUAUUUGUUCAGUUCUACCAGGAAAUGUUUAUCGAUGUGAUUGUUCAAUGACAGCACGUACUGGAACACAUUGUGAUUCUAGUGCUAAUGGUAUUCAUAUUGGUUAUGAAAAAGAUGGUUAUCUUAUAUACAAUUUAAUACCAUCUAUACGUACAAUUGAAGAUAAUGUAACAUUUGGUUUUAAAACUUACAUGAAUUCUGGUACAUUAGUGACAUUUUUAACAUCCGAUGGAAAAUAUUGGGCUAUAAAAUUACGUGAUGGUCGAAUUGUUGUUGAUACAGGGGGAAAAAUUACUCAUGAUUUUGGUAUGCGAUCCAAUGAUGGAAAUUAUCAUUUAAUAAAUAUUCAACGUAAAGGACGUACAAUGAUUGUGACACAAGAUGGUGAAGUAUUACGAUUAUCAUUACAAGAUUUAGUUAAUCCAUUCGACAACAGUCUCACUUACAAUACAAUUCAUGUAGCUGUAGAUGAAAAGAAAUCUGAUAUAUUCCGUGGAGUAAUUGGAGGAUUACAUUGGAAUGGACGAUAUCCAAUUGAUGAUUUAAAUGGACGUAUUGUUACAUCAACUGGGACAGUGACAAUUGUACCGACACCAAGUUUUCAAAUCUAUCCACCAAGACCACAACCAGAAUGUUUACCUGAUUAUUGUUCAAAUGGUGGACGAUGUUAUGCAGAAAAUUAUCAGCGUAAAUGUGAUUGUCGUUAUACAGCAUACAAUGGUGCAAGAUGUGAAAGACAAUCUCGUGGUUUUAUGCCACAAACACCAGAUAAUGGAGCUUAUAUCAUUUAUCAAAUUCAACCAUUAAAUCGAACAAAUCGUGAUCAAUUAAGAGUUGCUUUUCAAACAUGGUCUAAUGAUGGUCCAAUUGUGCGUGUUGUACAAACUGAUGGUUCAUACUAUGAAGUUUAUUUACGUAAUGGAAAAUUGUACACUGAUAUUAAUGGUCAAGAAUUUAUUCUUAGUCGUCCAUCACAAGUAUUCAAUGAUGCUCGUAUGCAUGUGAUUACAUUGGAUCGAGAUAAAGGAACAUUUAAUUUCACUAUAGAUGGACAUCAAACAUCACAUUAUGUACCUGGUAUUGUUUCUGUUGACGGUUCAUUAAUAUCACAAGAGAUCAUUCUUGGUGCUGAUCGAAAUUAUCAAAAUACUUUCAAAGGUGUAAUUGGUGCUUUCUACUGGAACGGACAAUAUUUAAUUAAUCAAAUUGGUUCACUCAUACCAAAUACUAAAGUCAUGGUUGCUCCAGGUAGAAAUGUUGCAAAAAGUAUGGAUGAAAUAGUUGUGGUACUUAUGCCUGAAUUAUUAAAACCAAUUAAACCAAGCAUUCCUGAUACUAAACCUUUACCGGAAGUUCUACCUGAUGGUAUAAUAGCAGCUGGUGUUGUUAUGCCUGGUCUAGGCACUGGGAAUGCAGAUCAUGGAGGUGAAAUUUUUAUCUCUGAUGGUAAUACUUAUGGUGCUGGUGCAACUGGUAUCAAUGCAGGCACUGGAUUAAUUCUUUCACAAGCUGGUGGUCUGUUUGGUUUAGGAGGUGCUAUGGUUGAUGCUCUGUUAGCUGGAUUACUUUUAGCAUUGUUAUUAUUAAUUUCUGCUUUAAUAUGGGCAUGUUGGAGAUGUAAACCUGGAUGUUGUGGUUGGUGUACAGGUAAAUCAGAUGGAUUAACUGGACGUAGCGCAUGGAAUCGAUUUGCUGCAAUAUGUUGUGCUGCUCCUGAAAGUGCCAUUAUUGUCAAAGAAAAGAAACAUUUACUGAGUGACAAUGGUAACACAGGAGUCGACGGAGCAGCAACUGGUGGUAUGACUGCGACAAGUCUACAAUCACUACAAACUCAAUCACGUUUAAUCAAACCACCUUUAUCAGUAACCAGUUUCCCUGUAGGACAUAAUCAUAGAUUGGAUUUGACAGAUCAAAUCGGAGCAUCCGGUAUCUCUACUAUACGUAUUGAUCAACCAAUAAUGGAUGAUUUAAGCGCUCGUCAAAAUGUCUACAAUAUGGAAGGUAUGAAAGUUGAUUGUGUUGUUAUUACAAAGAAUAGUAAAUAUGUUGUUACUGGAUCUGGCAUGGGACCACCACAAGUUUGGGAUACUCAGUCUGGUGAUUUAUGUAAAAUUAUGGAUGGUCAAGAAUUUGGUUGUACUGAUUUACACUUAGCAUGUGAUGAUUCUGUACUGGUAUCUCAAGUAGUGGAUGAUAUCACUGGAUUAGAUACGUUAAAUGAACCAAGUGAAAUUCGUGUAAAACGUUUACAGUUAUGGGAUUUCGCUACAGGACGACAACUUGAAAUGCCUACAGAAAUUAUGUGUACAGCAACUUGCAUAACACGUUCUAGUGAAUAUGUUAUAGUGGCACAAGUCACUCAAGAAGGACCAGCAAUAUUAGUAUGGAAUUUAACUGGUAAUCAAUCAGAUCAUAUCAUACCAUAUUAUCCAGUGAAUCCAUUAUUAAAAGAUUCUGUGACAUAUUUAAAUAUUUCAUUGGAUGAUCGCUUAGUUGUGGCUGGUUUAAAUAAUCCAACUGAUGAAUUGGCCUAUUUUAUGGUGUUUGAUUUAACUGCCAGUUAUGUGGGUAUACAUCAGCCAAAAUUAAUCACAUUCAAUGCUAAGGCUGAGGCUACUGAAAUUAUUGGAAAUGAUGAAGCUGUAACAGGUACACGUCGUGGUGAAUUAUUUGUAUGGAAUUUAUUAACUGGACGUGUAAUGCGUCAGAUACAAAUUAGUGCCACAUUAGAAGGUGGUAAUCUGACAAUGUUACCACCACAUACUGAAACAAUACAUUGUAUUAAAUUAUCUGCUGAUGGACAUUAUUUAGUUACUGGUUCACAAGAUCAAACAGCUAGAAUAUGGACAAUGCCUGAUGAACGUUUAUUACAUACUUUAGAAGGACAUGCUGAUGAUGUACUCAGUGUAGCAAUCUCAUUAGAUUCAGAAGUAGUUGUCACUGGUAGUUGGGAUGGUUCAAUUCGUGUAUGGCGUAUACGUGAUGGUAAUCAAAUGUGUUGGUUCACUUCAAAUAUUGAAAUAUUACAAGUGAAAAUCAGUAAUGAUAAACGUGCUCUAGUAGCAUUAGGCGAAAGAAGUGGACAUCGUAAAUUAAUUAUGUUACAAGUGUUGCGUAAUCGAACAAGAACAACAACUAAUCUACGUACUGCUGGUUCACGUAUCACUUCAUCAUUAUCACCUCCAACACCAGGUUAUUCACCAUCAUCUCCUGUUAUUAUGGCAUAGUUGAAGAAAAGAAAAAGAAGAAAUUAAUUUAUCAAUUAAUAUUUUUAUUUAUACAAAUCAAUAAUUCAAUUUCAAUGAUCAUUGAGUCUCUUCACAACAUACAUCAUUACUGUAUUCUUAUUGGCUUUUCUUCAACAUUAAAUACACAUACUGUUUCACCAUUCUGAUUGAUCUCAAUUCAUCUAGGGAGUUAUAUUUUGUAAAAGAUUGAACAAGCCAACAGUACAAAUAUUAUCAUUCGUCUUCCUAUUACUAUUAUUAUUAGCACUAUUCAUGUUUAAAAUAUCAACGUCGGUAUACAAUACAAUGUCGUUCUAGUUGUAUAUUUAAGUCUGAUUAAUAUAUACAGCCUAUAAAUAAUCACAGCAAAACGGAAUAACGAUCAAUCAUUGUUUUUAAAACAAAUGAGUUUCAAUGUUCAAUUUUCAUUGAAUCAUUUAUUCAUUUAUCCUAUUUAUUCAUUUAUACAAAAUAUC